AUGUCGCGAGUCGUUAAGGGAAACAGCUUGGUUUGGGCCAGCGCGGGCGCCAGCCGGGGCCAGGGCGCCGCCCGGGAGACCCGCGGCCGGAAACGCCCCCGCGAGCGGCGCACCGGCCGGACGCCGGGCCGCAGAGGGGCCGCCGCGGGGUGGGGAGCAAGGCGCCGGCCGCCCGCGCCCCUCCCCCGCCCGUGGCGGAAGCGUCUCGGGUUUGAAAGAUGCCGCCGCCGCCGCCGCCCCCCGCCCGGCGAGCCACAAAGAGCCGAGCCCCCUCCCGCUGCGGCCCUCCUCCCCCAGUUCCUCCACAGGUCGUCCCGGGCUCCCCCCCGGCCCAGCACUGACGACGCCUGCUCACCCGAGUCCCUCUCUCCCGAGGUUAAGGAUCCGGUGCGGCUGGCGGCCCCGAAGACACUGGGCCCCUGGGGCGCGGCGGCGGGGGCGUGGCCCUCCCGCGGCGUCCAGGGCCGGGGUCUCGCCUCCCGCCUAGGAAGGCUGGCGCCGCCGCCUUCUCUUCCUUCCGGUUUCCCUCGUGCCCUCCCUCGGCAGGUCCGUCCCGAGCGGAAAGCAGCGUCCUCUCUAGGCGCCGCCGCACGCUCCCAAGGGCCCGACCACCGCCAAACUCCUCCCCCGGGAGCCGCGCCGCCCGCACCGCCUCGUCAGCCCCGGGGCCGCGAGACGCCCGGCUCGCCGCUCCGGCCCCGCCCCUGCGGCGCGCUCUCGCUCCCCUCGGCGGGCCCCUUCCGAGGCCCGGGAACGCGCGGACAGCGGACUGUGGGCCAGCCUUUGCCAAGUCUCCUUUUCCGCCGCCCGCGCGCGCCUAGCAGCACAAACGUCAGUUUUGCAGUUUCCCGGGUUCUGGAGACGCCCCCCGCCCCCCCAACGCCGCCCCGCCCUUUUCCUUUGCUGAAUCCCACCGGAAAGCCAAAACAAUUGGGUCCGCGCAGGCGCGAGAAGGAAGCGGAAAGAGCAGGAAGGGCGGGGGAGGCGCGAAAUGACGGGGAAAUGCUUUUGAAGGGGUUUCCCGGGGAAGGUCAGCGGAGAGCCCGCGGAGAGCGCGUGCGCGGCCGAGGGGUCGCCUGCGCCAGCGGCCCUUCCGAGAUGCCCAUCCAUCACCCACGCACACACGCCAGCGCCUUUCUGUCCCUCCACUUCCCCACCAGUGGCGUCCCACCUGCAGGAGCCCCUUCCCCCGAGAGGCUGCUCUCCCCAGCUUUCAGCAAACGUGUUCAUCCCACCUCUGUGCCCCUUCCUCCUCUCAGGGCUGUCUGUCCUCCGCCCAGGCUGGCCUCCUUCCUCUCUGCUUCUCCUCUUCCUUAA